CAUAAAAUGGCGGAGUCUCCCAAACCUCUUGCAGCGGGCAUGAGGAAGUCCUGGCAUGAGGACAUCACCCAGGACCUGCGCAACCACCUCGUCCAUAAGCUUGUGCAGGCCAUCUUCCCCACCCCGGACCCGGCUGCGCUGAAGGACCGGCGCAUGGAGAACCUGGCGGCCUACGCCAGGAAGGUGGAGGGGGACAUGUACGAGUCAGCCAACAGCAGGGUAGGAGCACCUACGCGCACACACACCCACAGGCACACUCAAUCACUGAAUGAGUCUGCCAACAGCAGGUUAGCAUUGGACACACACAGGUAGAGUGAUAACAUUGAAUUUGAGUUGAAGAUCCUCCCUAAUGCAUAUCUCCUCUCUCUGUCUACGGAGUACUACCACCUGUUAGCCGAGAAGAUCUAUAAGAUCCAGAAUGAGCUGGAGGAGAAGAGGAGGACUCGGCUGCAGAAGCAGGACAUGAGUUGAUCAGACCCAGCUUGGAUGUUUGAUCAUUUCCUGAUGAUUACCUGUUUGAGUGUUACCGUUUUUCUGCACAAAACGGAUCAUUCAUUUGAACACUUUUCUCAGCCCUUAUAUUGUUCAUGACACAUCAUGGACAUGCUCUCAGUUUGGAACAAGUUCUUUAUGUUGCACUUAGUUUUCCCAUUUGUCAAUGGGAGUUUUUUUUACAUAACAUCGGUGACACUGGGCAUAUUUCCAAGGCAACCGUCUGUCGUGCUGUCAGAAAUGUGACUUGCACUGAAACAUUUUCUGUACAGUUUUGUGGUGUUUCCAAGUCACAAGACACAUCAAAGAAGAAUUCCAUUAAAUUGCAGUUGCCAGUCUAAGCAAUAAUUAAUCAAAUUUGUAUGAAGAUUUAAGACUUCUAAUAAGUACAUUUGAUAUAUUUUAGGAUUUCCAGGUGUAAUUGGCUGCAUAGAUGGCACUUAAAUUCCUAUCACAGCUCCAUCAGUAAAUGAAGGAGAUUAUAUGAAUAGGAAGUGUUGGGAUGAUGUCGUCACGAUGGCCGGAAAGAUGGACGACAUUUUAAAAGGGUUGACUUGGUUUAUUAGAGUGAGCUCGGAUCAUUCAAACCAGUCCAGGAAAAGUGGUCACAUGAGUGAGGCCAUGAGUUACAGAAGGCCUUAUAUACAAUGGUACACUAGUUCAAAUAUAUGGAAUUCCAUGGAAUAUGUCCUCACUGUGCACAGCAUGUGGUCAGCAUAUUAGUAUUCUUGAAAGGUCAUACCUGACAGAACUCAUCAGUGUGUUGCCCAAUACUCUCUACUCUCUGGCUCCUGCCUGUCUCUAGCAAGAGGCCCUGACCAGUAAAUGUAGCACCUAAAUAGUAGCAUUAUCAUUCCAAAUUAAAGACACUUCACAAUACAGCAACUGCAGUUAAUUAUUGUUCUGCACUGUGAAGAUCAUAUGUGAUGCAGCCCACAUUAUCAGCAACGUGGAAGUGUCCUGUCUGUGCAUGAUGCGUGAAUAUUUUGUAAGUGUACAUUGAAAACUAGAAUUGCCUGUGGUGAGUUUGUACAUCUAUAUCCUAUUAUAAUGAGGGGUGGGGGCAGGGGGACACCCAGCCUUACACUACAGUCAGUCAAUUCUUAUGUCUUCACCUUACAGUGUAAUGCUGCCAUAAACAGCCUUCAGUGAAAAGGUGUUACAUUGUCUAGGCUAUGUCAUUACAUAAUAGGGUUGACUACCAGCAGAGGGUGUAUUCAUGUGAUAGUCAAAUCAGUUCCAAACUUGUCCUGCAGUCUGGCCUGGACCAUGACACUGACAGUGCACAUGGGUUAGAUGUAGUUUAUCUCACAGUGAAGGGUCGUUGGUUCCAAAUCCAUUUCACUAGUAGAUUGAUUGAAUCCUAUUUUACAACAAUAUAAUGUAUAAUAUUUGGCUACCUUUUAAAACAGAAUCUGCUUAAAUCAACUGUGCAUUUAUGGCUAGUCAGAAUCUUUCGCUACUACAAUUUGAUCCAGAAAAGCAGUAAUAAACUGGUGUGUGCAAAACAAUUGUACAAUCGCAUCAAGUCAAAACAGUAUGAGUUGUGUUCAGUUUUCAGUAAAGGUAUGCUGCUGGCUGCACCAAACCCUGCGGUUGGCAGGUUACAUUCCUUAGUGUGUGACACCAUAGGACCUGCUCUACUGGUUUAGGGAGGAUCUGUAGGAUCUAAAAGAGACUUCCUUUAAAAAGUAAUGUCAAGUUAGUCAUUAGGUACUAUUUCAGAAACACAGACAAAACGAAAAUCCUAUGGAUACUUCCAAAGGAGCCAAAAGUCCAGGAAUGGGUUAACUGAAUGAGUUUAUACCUUCACUUUCACUUCCUUGUUACUUGCUGACAUAAAAUGGCGGAGUCUACAACACCUCUCGAAAAUAGGAGGCGGAGGCAUAAAAGCAUGGACGUCCCCCCUGAGAUGAGGAUUGUUCUUCUGGGGAGGAAUGACAGAGAGAAGAGCAUUGUGGGAAACAUCCUCCUGGGUAGAGAGGUGUUUGAUCUCAACUAUGUUCUGCACCAGACUGAGAGAGCCAGGGGACUGGUGGAGGGAAGAUGCUUCACUGUGGUCAUCACUCCAGACCUGUUACACCCAGAUAUCUCUCAUGAUAAACUGUCAGAGGAACUGCAGCAGUGUGUGACUCUGUCUGCACCUGGACCUCAUGUGCUCCUCCUGGUGGUGAAACCUGAAGAGUUUACUAAGGAGGAGAGGAACAGAAUCAGACACAUUCUUGAUUCUCUAAGUGGAAAGUCGUAUGACUACUCAAUGGUGGUAGUAAAUGUUGGACUCAAUAGAGGACGAGACAUGGAAACCUGUGUGGAUAUAAAUCCCCAGGUUCAGGAACUGUUUAUAGAAUGCAGGCAGAGUUACUUAAAGCACUCUGUUGAUCAGACUAACCUUAUAUCAAGUAUAGACAAGAUUGUGGCAGAGAAAGGAGGAGGACACCUCACCUGUGAGCUGCAUGAAGAGUCUACAGGAGGAGCAACAACAGAGAGCGGAGCAGAAGCAGAAGAGAGGAGUGGGUGGAGUAUGGGAGCAUGGGGUGAUAGGUUAUAUAGUUUGGGUGGUGCCCUCAACUGGCGACCCUGGUCCUCAUCAAGCACUCUGAAUAAAGAUGAAUCAUCACUUAGAAUUGUGCUGCUGGGAAAGAGUGAAGAUAAGAAGGCUAUGGCUGCAAACAUUAUUCUGGGGAAGGGUUGUAGUACCUUUAAUCUACCAAGCGUCUCCACUAAAACAUGUGUGCCAGCCAUUGCACAUGUGAAUGGCAAGAGCAUAACAGUUGUGAGGACUCCAGACCUCUUUGCAGAAAAUCUGACUGACAAGGUUCUAAAGCAGGAGAUGAAGAAGUGUUUGUCCCUGUCUGCUCCUGGUCCUCAUGUGUUCUUACUGCUGCUGAAACCAGAGACGUUUAGAAAUAAAGACCAAGAGAGAUCCAAAUCAAUCCUAAGCCAGUUUGGAAGAGAGGCUUUCAGACACUCUAUGGUGAUCACAACACAUGACACCAAGAAAAAGAAUUCCUGUGUGACUCAGAUCAUCAGAGAUUGUGGAGAACGUCAUUACAAAAUGACACAUGGAGGUGACCACCCACAGUUAACAAAUAAGAUAGAGGAGAUGGUGAGAAGGAAUGGGUGGAGAUACCUGAAACAUGAUGAAGAGACACCACAGUCAGAGGGUAACAUUCCUAGAAUGAACUUGGUCCUGUGUGGGAGGAGAGGAUGUGGGAAGACUUCCACAGCCGACACCAUACUGGGUCAGAGAGAGACCAGGCCAGAGUCUCUCUCCUCAGCAGUGUGUGUGAAGAGAGAGGGAGAGGUGUGUGGACGCUGGCUGACCCUGGUGGAGAUGCCUGCUCUGUAUGGAUCAGCCCUCACUCAGGAGGAAGUGAUGCGUGAGACUCUCCGCUGUGUCUCUCUGUGUGACCCUCCUGGAGUCCAUGCUUUCCUCCUGGUGGUGCCUGUGGGUCCACUCACUGAUGAAGACAAGGGGGAGAUGCAGACCCUGCAGGACAUCUAUGGAUCAAGAAUCAAUCACAUGGUUCUGUUCACAUCAGAAUCUGACCCUACAGCUAAACCUGUGACUGACUUUCUGUAUAAAACAGAAGAGAUCCAGCACCUGCUACAGAACUGUGGGAGGAGAUUUGACAUCCUACACAUAAAGAAUUUGAGAAAUAACCAAUCAGUGUCUAAACUGCUGGAGAAGGUGGAGGGAGGGAUGGCUGAAUGCAACUUCAGCUCCUUCACCACAGAGAAGUAUGUGGAAACACUAACUGAGAAGCUCGGUAAACUGCAGGCUGAGCUGGAUGACAGAAAUGAAGAGAUACAGAAGUUAAAAGAACAGAACCAGUUAGCGCGAGAUGGGGAACAUCAGAGCACAGAUUGCCUGAGGAUCGUGCUGAUAGGGAAGACUGGAAGUGGAAAGAGUGCCACAGGCAAUACUAUCUUAGGCAGAGAAGUGUUUGAUUCCGACAUCAGCCAGAACUCUGUGACAAAGUGUUGCCAGAAAGCAGAGGGAAAGGUGGAUGGUCGGUCUGUUGCAGUAGUCGACACCCCAGGCUUGUUCGAUACAACUCUCAGUAAUGAGGAAGUUGAGCAAGAGAUUGUUAAAUGCAUCAGUCUUUUGGCUCCAGGACCUCAUGUGUUCUUACUCAUCCUGUCCAUCGGCCGCUUCACAAAGGAAGCGCAAGAAACAUUAGAACUGAUCAAGAGAGGCUUUGGGAAGAACUCUGGGAUAUUCAUCAUUGUGCUGUUUACCAGAGGAGAUGAACUCAAGAAGCGGACAAUUGAAAAUUAUGUUUCAAGUGGUGAUGACAAGGUCCAAAAACUGAUUAGAGACUGUGGAGGGAGAUGUCAUGUCUUUAACAACAAUGAUCCAGACAACUGCUCCCAGGUCAGUGAACUGAUUAAGAUGAUAGAAGAGAUGGUCCAGAAAAAUGGAGGAGGAUGUUACACCAAUGAAAUGUUCCAGGAAGCUGAGGCUGCUAUUAAACGAGAAUUUGACAAGAUUCUGAAGGAGAAAGAAGAAGAGAUGCAGAGAGAGAAGGAGACUCUGCAGAAGAAUCAUGAGACAGAGGUGGAAGAGAUGAAGAGGAGACUGGAGGAACAGAGGUCAGAAGUUGAAAAGGAGAGAGAACUGAGGGGAAAACAACUAAAAGAAAAGGAAGAAUUAAUCGAGAACGUGAACAAAGAAAGAGAAACUGAAAAGGCUAAAAGAAAAGCAGAGGAUGAAAGGAGGAGAAAUGAGGAAGAAAAGCAAAGCCUGGACUGGGAGCAAAAAUGUACAACUAUGCAGGAAACAAUAAGAUCACAAACAGAAGAGUUUCAAAAUAAACAAAAACAAAGAGAAGCGGAAGAAAAAGAGAAACAAGAAGAGCAACAGGAGAGCCUACGUCAUGAACAAAAAGAAUUUGAAAAGAAAUGUGAGGAAUAUCGAAAUGAAGAGCAGAAGAGGAGAGAAGCCGAUGAGAAAGAAAAACUAGAAUGGGAAAGAAAAAUAAAAGAAGCUGAAGAGAGUAAGAUGGAGAUACAGCAGGAGGUGUUGGAGAGUAAGAAACUAUGGGAGGAAGAGCAGGAGAAGGAAAGAAAAAGGAGAGAAGAGGAAUAUGAGAGAAGAAUGAAACAGGAGAAGCAAGCGUGGGAAAGUAAACAGAGAACAAUUGAAGAAGAAGAAUCUAAAAGGCUUUUAAAAGAAAAAGCGAGAAGGGACGCCGAACAGAAAAAAAGAGAUACAAUUGAGAGAUUAUAUGAAGAAAAGAAAAAGGAGCUGGCAGAUCAACGUGAAAUGUGGGAGAAAGAAAGAAAAGAUGAGUGGGAAAGAAGACAGAGAGAACAUGAACAGAGAAGAGAGGAGGAGCGAAACAGACUGAGAAAGCUUCAGGAGGAGUUUGAGAAAGAACGUGAAGAAGAGAACAUAAAGAGAAAGAAAGAGGAUCGACUCAGGAGAGAAGAGGAGGAGAGAGCGCGCAGAGAAAUUGAGGAAGACCAUAAGAGAAAAAUAAAUAACAUGAAGAAGAAAUAUGAAGAUGAGGCCAGAAAACUAGCUGAGGAAUUCAAUGACUUUAAAGACAAAUACACCAGGGACUUCAAAGCCCUCAUGGAGAAACAAGCCACAGAUACAGAAGAACUUAUUAAGAAGCAUCAUGAUGAGUAUCAGGUCCUGAAAAAUCUCUCUAGCCUUAAUGAGAAUACACUGAGACAAGAAAUAUCACUUUCUGAAGAUAAAAAGGCAAAGCUGAAGACGGAAUUGGAUGCUUUACGGAAGAAACAUCAAAAACAGUCAGAUGACUUGAAAAAGUCAUUUGAAAAAGAUGCAUCGUGUAAUGUUUUGUAAUUGCAUGGUUCUGCUGCAAAGUUUAACAGCGUUUUUGUUGAUUGGCCAAAACAACAAACUGUUUAUUAUUUGUGUAAGUGUUUGUUUAUCUAAAAAAAUAGUUAUAAUUGUUGAUACUUAAUUAUGGAGAAUAUGACAGUUAUGAUGAUGAUAUCAUGAAGAAGGAUCCAAAGCAACUUACUGUACAGAGGGGAAUUAAGCCCCCUCAUAGGGAAGUAAGACCAUUGUUCUCUUGCUUCUAAUUAGCUCUUCUCUCUGGAUCUGCAUAUUAGCUGAAAUGUUGGUUUAGUGUCUGUGUACAUUUACAGAGACAUGUUAUUUGGCUACGAAGGGGUAUGAAAGAAACAUCAAUAUCAAAAAUAUAGUAAAAAAUACAUGUUACUCCAUGUAAACAAAGGCAUAGCUGUAUUAGUGAUGUUUAUUUUAAAAUUAUGUAUUUUGCCACCAUACGUAACAAAGUAAGACAUUAUGUGUUAUGUUCUUUUUUCCUUGGGGAUUGUAUGCAGUACUUGUAUGUAUGUUAAACCCCCAACCAUGUUUCCUUUAUUAGAGUGAGUGAUUACUGGAGUGGAGUUAUUAAAGCAGUCAGCUGUCACACAUUAAUCAACAUGAUCACAUGGUGAUGAGUGUUUACCACUUGUGUUUCUGUAAGAUGUAAGAUGAUUCCAAUGUUGUUUUCCGAUCAAAUAGUUUCAAUUGAAUUAAACAAACAAAAUCGUAUUAUAAAGUGUGGAAGUGUUAAUCAGUUUUCCAUUGAUAUUAUGUAUAAACAAAUUGUGGACAGUUUUUCUACUAAUAUGCAUAGUGCACAUAUUUAGAUGCCUUGAGACUUUUAAGAGUUACUUUAUCUUAAAGUAUCUGUUUGUACCGUACUACAGCCACGUAAACAAAUCUUUAUUACCUUUGAUUUUGAUUUGAUCUGGACAAACUGUCACAGUGAAAUAUGAAAAGCUUGUUAUUUGCACAGACUGUAUCAUUAAACCGACUGAAUCUG